UCUUCUUUUUUGUGUUUACAUUUUGUUGAUUCGAUGAAAUGGAGCCUCUGCAGGAAUUUAUCACUGACUUGGUGGUGCCCCACCAUCGCUGCAACGUGAACAUCAUCCCGGAACACAUCACCAUGCUGGAGGGGGCCAAGAGCCGGAAGCAGCACUCGCGAAAGCGACGCUCCCACAAGUCCAGCACACUGUCCCGCCGCGAGUACGCCCGCCUGGGCCUCAACACGCUGCCCACCCGCCAGAUGCGCUACGAGCAGGCCCUGCCCCUGCACCAGCUCUGGCGGGGCUAUGUGCGCGAGCACCUGGGCCUGCGGGAGGGCGACCAGGUGCCCGAAGUCCACGAGCCGCGGUACGAGGAGUUCAGCAAGCAGCUGAUCAAGCUGGACCUGCACGGCGCCAGGCUGCAGGUGAUCCAGUCCAAGUGCAAGACUCUGGAGGGUCUCGCGGGCAUAUGCGUGAUGGACACGAAAAAUGUGCUAAAGCUGCUGGGCGAGGACGAUCGCCUGAGGAGCGUGCCCAAGAGCGAGUGCGUCUUUGGGCUGACGCUGGGCAACAUGCAGUUCACCAUCUUUGGCCAGCACCUGACCAUCCGUCCGGCGGAGCGAAGCGUGAAGAAGAUCAAGACCUAUGUGCAGCCCUUCAUGUAGGGCCUCAAGAAAUCCGAAUCCGCACCGAUUGGUUUCGUUUUCGUUUCCUUUUUUAGUUGUAAUAUAAUAUAAAAUCGUA